AUUCUAAACUGCAUUAAAAGAGGAAGUGGACCGAAUUAUUUGAGCAUGAUUUGUUCCAUGUUGGUUCUUUGGGGGAAGCGACUGCGGCGGUAUUUAUUGAAUUUGGUGGUUAGUUUAUGUACCAUUUUUUUGGUAAUAUAUUUAGCAACACGUCAGAAAGGCGACCUGAGUGAACCUAAACAAGUGUCCAAGCCGACAAGCAAACGAAGUGAUAUUCUGCCUUCAUCUGAAGCCAAUUCCUUGGUUCCUAGUCAACCGUUGGCUUAUCGGUAUGAUAAAGGGACCCCUAUAGAAAUGAGAGAGGAGGACAUCAUACGGUUUUUCCAAAAAGUGUCCCAAAAACAAAUUCACACCAAUGAAGAAAAGCAGAUACUGUCCCACCUCUUGGCUGUGAGUCAUCAAAUCUUUAAGGAAUUGAAGAUAUCCUAUUUUCUGUUCGCCGGAACUCUACUUGGUGCUUAUCGAAAUCAGACAAUUUUGCCAUGGGACGACGACAUGGAUAUUGCCAUGGAUCAGACCAGGGUCACAGAAUUUAAUGCAACCCUGAGCGAAACGUACCCUGAUCUCCACUUGAAAACUCACUUUGAAAACGCUUUACUCAAGUUGCAUUCUCGGACUAACAUCACGUCUCAAACCGAAACAGUCAUUUUCCCAUUCAUAGACAUAUUUCUUUUUGGACAAGAUGGUGAUUUUGUGACCAAUCUUCAGAAUUGUGACACCAAUGGCGCGCAAUCGCUUACUCUGAGCCUGAAUCAAAUUCUACCGACCAAGACCAUUCGGUUCAUGGACCAAGUGGCUGAUGUCCCGCGCAAUAUGACCUACAUGUUGGUUCAAUAUUUUGGAGAUAAAAGUUUGCAUGAGUGUGCCAGCCCCUUCUAUGAUCAUCGAGUAGAUGAUUUACUUGACUCGCCGCAAAUCACUACUAAUUGUUCUGUAUUGGAGAAAUCUUUCAACUUCAUCAACAUGUCUAUGGAAAGGGACGAGAUCUUGCCAUGAAAUAUGAUGUUGGUUUUUGCUGAGAAAGGGACUUGCAGAUUAGGUUGACUCACUUCACUUUUGCCAUUGGAAACCCUCCUGUCAAUUUUUGAAAUAAAGAAAUUUCCAAAAUCUGAAUUCAUGGU